AUGGGUUCUGACGGCGGCAAGCUGCGUCCGAAAAAAUGUCCGAUGGUAUUACUAUUUGAGCUACAGGUACAAGCUCAAAGCCAGACUGCUCGUGUUUGGGAUCACGGUGACGUCGCUCUCUUAGAGCUGGAAACGGAUAUUGACACCAGUGAUGAUCUUGGAAAGCGAGUAUGCCUCGAAGCCAGGGGCUUGACACUGAAAGAGCCGAUGCUCGCUUUUGGAAUGGGAGACGGAGAAAAAGCCAAAGUUCAAGAAGCCAUUUUACGUGCCGAAUGUCUUGAUGAACAAGACACCUUCUGCGGGAGAUUCCGGUGGCCCGCUUGUAGCAAAAUUCGGUCAGCUUUGGUACCAAGUGGGAAUCAUGAGCGACUCGUCCAGCCUUGGAUACACGAGGGCGACUCCGAUCACUCCGAAACUUUGCGAGUGGCUCAA